GUUUACCAAGAUCCAAAGUUGUCAGGCAGCGUUCAUUGAACGCAUGCGCAUUGCAUCCACUAUCCAGCUCAAAAUAAGCGUUAAAACAGAAACGAGGAGGAGGAGAGCAGGGAGAGAUGACUGACACCCCGCCCAGCGAUGGCCCCUCCCAUGGGGCAGAGUUUGACAUGAUGGGCGCUCUGGACUGGCAGGACGGCAUCGCCACACUGCCCGGCAGCGACAUCAAGUUCCGUAUGACAGAGUUUGGAACUUUGGAGAUCGUGACAGAGCCAGAGGUCAAAGAGGCAGGGCCAACCCCCCAGAACUCCGCCCAGUCGAAAAGCCCCACCCCUCCACCAGAGGCCCAAUCAGAGAGCAGCGCAGCCUCUUCUGCAGCCAAGGAAGUCCAGCCACUUGCACCUAAGGCCCAAGGCCCUGUGCUUCUGUCUCUAGAGGAGGGUCCCACUGUGGAGGAGCCCAGUGUGGAUGUGGGCCUCAGGGCGGAGGCGGGCCCCAGGGCGGAGGCGGGCCACAGGGCUGCGAUGGCUAGCUGUAGGUCGUGUGGGGGCUCCGGUCCACUGGAGAGUUUCCUCCAGGGCAAAUACUGCAGCUCCAUUUGUGUCCAGCCCUCCAGUGGCAGGUCAUCUCCCAGAGAGCAGCGGGAGAGAGAUGGGCGGGAGGGGGGACUGGGGAAACGAGUGAGGAAGAAGAGGAAGAUCUACAUGGACUCUGGUGAUGAAGAGGAAGACAACCAGGAGGAGGAAGAGGACAAGGCCAAGGCUGUCAAAGGGAGGAGAGCUGCUAAGCUGGCCAAGCUAGUGACAGCCCCACCCAAUAAGAAGCGACCCUGGAGCUGGCCCUCCUACAUGGAGGAGGAGAAGGCUAUAGCUGCCCCCCUUAAACUGUUCAAGGAGCACCAGUCGUUCCCUCAGAGCAGGAAUGCCUUCAAAGUGGGAAUGAAGUUAGAAGGACUGGACCCCUGUCACCCCUCUCUGUUCUGUGUGCUCAGUGUUGCUGAGGUCCAGGGUUAUAGGGUAAGGCUUCAUUUCGACGGGUAUCCAGAGUGCUAUGACUUCUGGGUAAAUGCUGACACCUGGGAUGUGAAGCCGGCGGGCUGGUGUGAGAAGAUGGGACACAAGCUGCUACUGCCUAAAGGUUGUAAGGAUGGGGAGUUCAACUGGAACAUGUAUGUGAAGAACUGCAGAGGUCAGCUGGCCCCCAAACACCUCUUCAAGAGCCUCAACACGUCGGUGACUCCGUCAGGGUUCCGUGCGGGUAUGAAGCUAGAGGCGGUGGAUAAGAAGAACCCAUAUCUGAUCUGCGUAGCGUCCAUCGCGGCUGCUGUUGACAACAGACUCCUCAUACACUUUGACAACUGGGACGACACCUAUGACUACUGGUGUGAUGCCAGCAGUCCCUACAUCCACCCUGUAGGUUACUGUGAGGAAGCUGAGCUGACCCUCACCACCCCUGCUGAGUAUAAGCACCCGAGGAGUUUUUCCUGGGAUAAAUACAUGGAGGAGACUGGGACACAGGCAGCCCCUGCACGUGCCUUCAAACUGCGUCCGUGCCAUGGGUUCCAGGCUGGAAUGAAGCUGGAAGCCGUCGAUAAGAGGAACCCCAUGCUCAUCCGCGUAGCAACCAUCGCCGAGGUGGAGGACCACAGACUGAGGAUCCAUUUUGAUGGCUGGAGUGAGGAGUAUGACUACUGGGUGGAUGCUGACUGCCCAGACCUCCACCCUGUGGGCUGGUGUCAGAAGACUAGUCAUCCCCUACAACACCCCUCCAAUGGCUCCACUGAUAUGCUGGUCCUCCCAGGGCAGGGCUGUCCUACCCCAGGGUGCAAUGGGGUUGGUCACAUCCGAGGACCCCGCUACGGAACCCACUACACGGGGGUGAGCUGUCCGUACUCGGAGAUGAACCUGAACAGGGAGGACCAGGUACCAGACCGUCUGAGUGGAGAACGACCUAUGACCCUGAGUGGGCCUCAUCACCGUGUGCGAUGCCCAGACCCUCCUUCACACACCCAGACAAACAGCCCCACCACACCGGAGCAGCCUGAGCCUGCAGACGACUCCCCUCAGACCAGUGUAACUAGGGGGCCGAUGGUUUACGAGGGCGAACGAUCCAGGUGCAGCAGUCAGAGUGAGCCACCAAGGGGCUCCACUGAGCCCAUCAACGACGGAGCCAAGGCCAAGAGGUCUGCUCCAGUCCCAAAGUAUCUGAAGCUGCACGUCGUCAAGCAGGAGAAUGGAGAUGGGAAAGACUCCCUGUCUCUCCAGCAGGCGCUCCAUGAGUCAGUGUUCUCCCCAGGUGGCUCCUCCUCUCCCCCUCACAGGGUGGCUCUGUGCUGGGACAAACACUGCCAGCUGCUCCCUGAGGUCCUGGGCCUCACAGCUAAGAGAGUUGCAACCUGGACCACCGACGAGGUGGCCAGUUUUGUCAAAGGGCUCCCGGGCUGCAAAGAGCAUGCUGCCACCUUCAGGGCAGAGCAAAUGGAUGGAGAGGCCUUCCUGCUUCUCACCCAAGCAGACAUAGUCAAGAUCCUGUCAAUCAAACUAGGCCCCGCCCUCAAGAUAUACAACGCCAUACUCAUGCUGAAGAACGCUGAUGAGGAGUGAGACGCCCCCUCACGCUUCAUUUCCUCCCACACCCGACCAAUGUAUCUGAAUAGUCUAAUAGUCUAGAGAAGUUUCAUCUCCUUUCUUUGCCUCCUCACCUUAUCCUCUUUGGUUUUCAUCUGCACUGAUCUGAGCCCGCAUGAUAGGUCAGAGCAACGUAAUGGAUGGCCACCAGGAAUCUGCUUUCAGCUAUCCUGUUCUUCCACAUCAGUGUAGAGGAGCAGAGAGGAUGUACCUGGUGUCAGUGUAGAGGAGCAGAGAGGAUGUACCUGGUGUCAGUGUAGAGGAGUAGAGAGGAUGU